AAUAGCCCGUGGGUCGUAUCUUCUUGGAUCUCCUCAUACAAUGGUACUCUCGAUAUUGCUACUGCCUCAUUCUUUACUCUGACCUCGAACGCUGCCAACUUUGACACACAUGUUACCAAUCUCGCGCGCACCAGAGAGCCCUCAGAUCAGUCUCCGAUCGUAGCCUGAUUGCCGUUCGUCUUGUGACCGCCUGUCAGCUCGACACUACGUCUUUCCCUCACUGAAACCUGUAUUUCACUACAAAAACUUCCAAGUGUCCGACGACUAAGCAUCGAACCCGUAGUCGAACGCGUUUGAGAUUCACUGUUCUGUUGAUAGCCCGCCCUCCUUACCCGGCCAUCUUCCUUCCCCUUGACAGAGUUUGUGAGUAUUCGCUCCUUGCGCGUUCAUUUUUCGAACUGACUCUUGCAGUCGAUCAAGGAUCACCAUGCAGCCUCCCAAGAGCAGAAAGAAGACCCCCAAAGCUCACGGGGACUCCGCCUACGAAGACAGUCCUGCUCCGCCUGACAAGAAAACGCGCAUCAUGCUCAAGCGUGGCAAGAAACUUCCCAAGAAAGGAGAGUUGAUCGUUGCACAGAGCGACGACACCGUGGUUGAAGACACCGAGGAACCGCAGAAUCCAGAGGAUGACCUGCUUACCGCCGCCAAUGCGCCUGUUCCUAUCCACGAGAAGCGCACCCCUGCCAAAGUGGCUGUUGAACCCGCACGUCCUAGAAUCGCACGUCCUGAGAGAACUGUGGAUGGUCUCCUUAGCCAAUCUAUCAAGAUGGUCCGUCAAGAGAUGGAAAAGCAGGCCGGAGCUUUUGACUUCACCCCUGACGGCGACUUCCCUUCCAGUACUCGUGUAUUCGGCAACUACCUCUUGAACGCACCUCAUCAGAUGGAUCGCACCAACGGGAAAUGGUACAAGAGGGCUUGUGAAAAGGUCGGAAUGAUGUCUAUGAGGGACGUUAUGGGCAAGGGCGUUGCAGCUGCUGUCACAGAGGCUCUUGUGGAGACAAUUGCGGAGGAGACCCAACGUGUUGCGCAGACAUUUGCCGCAGAUGCGACCAGACUCAUCGAGAGUGUGAGCAACACAGGCGAGGAGUGA